CUUACUACUUUAAUUCCCAUUUGUAACUUUUUAAUCGUAAUAAAAUCACAAUUUUUUUUCAAUGAUUAAGCAAUAUCAACGGGAAUUGUGGGUAAACAGCCUCUUUUUCACGUGGGACUCCCGAAAGCAACAUGGGAGCAAAGAAACCAGAUCCUAAAGGAGGUGCUAAGGGAAAGGCUGCACCCGCCAAGAAGAAGGAAGGUGGUGGAAAGGCCAAAAAAAAGAAGUGGUCAAAGGGAAAAGUCCGCGACAAGUUGAACAACUUGGUGUUGUUUGACAAGCCCACAUAUGAUAAACUGUACAAAGAAGUUCCCAAUUAUAAAUUAAUCACUCCAUCAGUGGUGUCUGAAAGAUUGAAGAUUAGAGGAUCACUGGCCAAGAGAGGUCUGCGAGAAUUAAACGCUAAAGGUUUGAUCAAGCUUGUAUCAAAACACAGUUCACAGUUGAUCUUCACAAGGGCAACCAAGGCUGAUGACGAGUGAAAUGUUUUGUACAGAUUAAAAUAAAGUGAAAAAAAACA